UCAAAAUAAGCAAGUUAUGGUGUAUGUCUGGAGAUGUACCGAGACUACAUCAUUCAAUCAAAAUUGCUGAUUACUUUAACACAAACCACAAAGAAAAAGAAAAAGAAUAAAGAAGAAGGAUACUAAAUCAAUAUCGAAUGAGUUUGCAUUCAAUUCGAUUCCUUUUCUUCUUCUUCAUUCUUUUUUUUUUGGGGUAAUAUCUCGUUAAUUGGUAAUUAAUUACUGAGUCGUGAAAUAUUUUGUAAUUGUAUUUGCUGUAUUCAUCCUCUUCUUAUUAUUUAUUGAUUUAACAUUAACAUGGGGUUAUCGGUUAUCAGCCUUCUCUAGGGGUUUAGGCACCCGCCUUUAACAGCUCCCUGUGUGUGUGUGUGUGUGUGUGUUUUUCUGCAUGUGAUGUGAGGGAUUUUCUGUAAACUCGAACUCAUGGAGCUUCUAAAUCCCAUAAUCUCAAUCGAUUCUCCUGCAAUUCCGUUCCUUACAUGGAAAACCAGGAAAAACCCUUCGAGGCUUGUCAUAUCCAACCCCAGAAAACUCCCAUUGCGUCCCUCAUUUUCCCUCUACUUAUCCCGCCCUAUUCCGUCAAGAAAAUUCCAAAUUUCAGCUCAUUUUGGCAGACACUCGAAUCGCCAAAGUUAUCUGAGGAAAAAACUGACUCAGCAACAGCUGCAACUUCAGCAGGUAAGGCGCCUUCAAAACCCACUUCAGGAAUUUGAUAAAGUUGAUUUAUAUGAUUCAGAAUUUGAUAUUUCUGGCGAAAGAAGCAAGGAUAUCGAGAAAAGGAGUAGUUUUGGUAUUUCUAGUGAAGAAAGCAAGGAUUUUGAGAGCAGCAGUCUUGAUAACAAUUAUAAUGGCUCUGCAUCUGUUAAAGAAUCAGAAACGGAGUUAAGGGAAAAACAGUUUGGUGAAUCUAUUAUGUGGAAAAAGUUAGAGAGUUGGGUUGAGCAGAACAAGAAAGAUAUGGAAUUUUGGGGCAUUGGCAGUGGCCCUAUAUUUACUAUUUUCCAGGAUUCUGAAGGUAAGGUGGAAAGAGUAGUUGUGGAUGAGGAUGAAAUCCUAAGACGAAGUCGAGUUGACCCGCAGUUGGAUGAUGAGGCUGACGACUUGGGACAAGUUAAUUACAAGAUAUCUUUUGCAAAAGACUUGGCUAGAGAAAUGGAGAAUGGGAGUAAUGUGAUUCCAAAGAAUAGUUCAGUGGCUAAAUUUUUGGUGUCUGGUGGGAAAUCCCGUCUUAUGGAAGCGAUUCUAGGUGUCACAUUGAGACCAGGUUUAUUUUCAAGAAUGUCCAGAGUUGGAGUGUUAUUGUUAUGUGGUUUUUCUGUGGUUUGGGCAAUUAGAGGGCUUCUUACUGUUGGGAAAGAUAGUAAGGAGUACACAAGGUUGGAGAAGGAGAUGCUACGGAGGAAAAUAAGGGCUAGAACCGAGUCAGAGAAGAUGGUGAAAGGUAGUGUGGAAGUGAUGCAGGAUCCUGUGGAGCCUAAAAGCAUGUCUUUCGGGAGGCCUCAGCUUGAUAAGGACGAACUUGUGAAUAGCAUUAUUAAGGUGAAGAGAUCAAGUAGUAAACAGGAAACAGUUGAGUACAAUAAGGAAUUUAAAGAUAAAAUUGAAGAAAUCAGGGCAAUGGCAAGGCAUGCUCGAGAAAUUGAGAGAAGAGACUCUUUGCCGGACGAUGGUGAUGGAGAGGAUUAUCAGACCUUAAAAGAGCUUGCUGACCAGAGUGCAAAUCCAGAAAAUGACCUUCCUGUUGAGAGUGAGGAGUAUGAUGGAGAGCCUGAUGAAACUACAGAAGCUACAUCUUUCACGAACCCAAAGGAAGAUAUUGGACAGUCUGCGGAUAGAGGUUUAGACAAGAAAGGUGGGACACAGUGUUAUGACAUUCCUAAUGUAGUAACCCCGAAUGGUAAUCCAAACCUGAGAACUGAAGUAAGCAACAAGAAUCUGCUUCCAAAAUCCUCCGAUUUGAAUGAAGAGAACCAACAUGCUGAUGGUCCAGGCUGUCAAUCAGGCCCACAUGAAAAUUCUUCGAGGAAGAAGCUAAGAAUCAUAAAAUCAGCCAAGGAAGCCAGGGAGUACCUCUCAAGGAAGCAUCGCAAACUGGAGGCAAACCAAAUGCACGAAGGUAGAAAUGAUGAACAGACUGAUAUUGCUAUUACCAUGGCCAGUACCGAUAUAGCAUCUAGUAGCACAAGCCCAAUGUUAGAUUUAACUGACGAUGUAUAUGAAUCUUCCCCUUUAAGUGGAUUAGAUGAUUUUUCACAUCCUUCUGAAGAUAACAGCAGGGGCUGUGUAACAGCAGUAGGAAAUUUUGAUAGCCUAAAUGGUUUUAGAAAAUCAAGAAUAUCCUCAGGUGAUGAAGUUAGUAUCAGUAAUGAAAAUGCGGGAAUGCCCGAAUUUGGGUUACCUGGAAAAGAAGAAAAAGGUAUUAAAGCAAGCGAGAACUUUUAUGGCAAAAAACAAAUACCUUUUCUUGUGUGUGGCACGGGGGAUUCUACGUCUAAUAAAGUUGAUCGUGGAGGCUCAAUUCAGGCAGAAGAAGUGCCAACUCCACCCAAAAAUUUUGAAGAUGCUGAAAAAAAUGAAACAUUUAUAGGUCUUCAAGUGCCUGGAACUACAAGCUCUAAUGAAGUUAAGGACAGGACUGAAGAGCUAGCACCAUCAGUGAAUAAGGAGACUUGGAUAGAAAAGAAUUUUGAUGAGUUUGAGCCCAUUGUCAAGAAGAUAGCAGUUGGCUUCAGAGACAAUUACCUGGUUGCAAGGGAAAAAACAAGUCAAGAAUUGGACUCAGUGAUGCAGCUUAAGUCUGCUGGUGCUGAAAAUGAACUUGAAUGGAUGAAAGAUGAAAGGCUCAGGGAGAUUGUUUUUAAAGUAAGAGACAAUGAGCUAUCAGGAAGAGAUCCUUUCCAUCUUAUGAGUGAAGAUGAUAAAUCCACAUUCUUUAGUGGCCUUGAGAAGAAAGUUGAACAAGAAAAUGAAAAGCUGCUGAAUUUGCAUGAAUAUCUUCAUUCAAACAUUGAAAACCUUGACUAUGGAGCAGAUGGCAUUAGCUUGUAUGAUCCUCCAGAGAAAAUCAUACCUCGGUGGAAAGUCCCACCUGCAGAAAAGAAUCCCGAAUUCCUGAACAACUUUUUGGAAGAAAGAAAGGCACUUGUUGCUGAAAGCCUCAAGAAUUCAUUUCUCAUGAAGAAAACUGGAAAAGAUGUAGUGCAUAAAGCAGAAGAACCUUCUUCCAGUGAGAAUAGUCCCGUGGCAGCAGAUGUCUCUGAUCAAAGUACAGAACUUCAGAAAGAUACUGUAGCAUCUUCCAAGACUCUUAUAGAAGGUAGUGAUGGUUCUAUUAGGGCAGGCAAAAAAACAGGAAGGGAGUAUUGGCAGCACACCAAGAAAUGGUCUCAAGAGUUCCUGGAAUCUUAUAAUGCAGAAACAAACCCAGAAGUGAAAGCAGUAAUGAAGGACAUAGGAAAGGAUUUGGACAGAUGGAUCACAGAGAAAGAAAUACAGGAAGCAGCUGAUCUGAUGAACAAAGUUCCUCGAAAGGGACAAAAGUCCAUUAAACAAAAACUCGACAAGGUAAAAAGAGAAAUGGAACUCUUUGGCCCCCAAGCUGUUGUGAGCAAGUACCGCGAAUAUGCAGAAGAAAAGGAAGAAGAUUAUCUGUGGUGGCUAGAUCUUCCGUUUGUGCUGUGCAUAGAAUUGUACACUCAAGAGAAUGCAGAGCAGAGAGUGGGUUUCUAUUCGUUGGAGAUGGCUGCUGAUCUAGAAUUGGAUCCUAAGCAAUAUCAUGUGAUUGCUUUUGAGGAUUCUGGUGACUGCAAGAAGCUUUGCUACAUUAUACAAGCCCAUAUGGAAAUGCUGGGAAAUGGAAAUGCCUUUGUUGUUGCUAGACCACCCAAGGAUGCGUAUCGCGAAGCCAAAGCAAAUGGGUUUAGUGUAACUGUGAUCAGGAAAGGUCAACUGCAGCUCAAUGUAGACCAAACAUUGGAAGAAGUGGAAGAAUUGAUCAUGGAGAUUGGUAGUAAGAUAUACCAUGACAAAAUCACCAAGGAACGUUCUGUCGAUAUAAAUGCUCUGAUGAAGGGUGUAUUUGGCGUCAGCAAACCAGCCAAGAGGAAGAGGUCAAAGAGGAAACCGAAAAGGCGCAUUAAACCAUGAAUAACUAGUGCUUGAACAUGGAUACUUGAUGGCUGGUUUGCUCUUCCCAGCAAGGUUUUAUGUUUCAUUUAUUAUUUUGAGUUCAACAUGCAUAGUGUCGAACUAAUGCCAUUUUUUGUGAAGUAUGAUCAUCAUAUGCAUAUCUAUUAUUGGCAAAAUAAAUCAAGAAUCAUGUCCGAAAUUUACAUGAAAAUAUUUCCUUGCAUUGAAACACUACAGAUUGAAAUGGCACAUAAUCUUUUGCUUGUGCACCUAACAAUCUCAUCAAUCGGAAUACAAAUUUACUUA